GGGCAAAAUUGGUUUUGGGACAUUGGGUGGAACAAUAUAUGUUCCCAAUCCAUUGUGCUAUUUCCUGGAAAUUCAGAAAGAGGAAACAUAGGAGAGGAGAUUGCAGGAAUGCCGAGAAACAGAGGAAUCGGAAAGGGUCGAUAGCUGCGAAGGGCGGAGGAAAAGAGACGUCGGGGCAGCGUCAAAUAGAGUCGUUUGCUGAAGACGACGUCACCACGAGAGGAACUCUGCACCCUCUUUCCGCCGCAAAAGUCUAUGCGAGGGUGGCGGAGUCUCACGUCGACAUAGACCGGCAAGGAAGAGCAGGGGCAACGCCGAGCAAACUGGUUGUAGCAUCUUACGUGACGAUGGGUUCGAAGAAGAAGAUGGCGACCAGUCGAGAAUCCUGGCCGGAGUCAGGAACUGCGCGGGAGGCGCCACUACCGCCGGCGACUCCAUUGAUGGCGAAGUCGGUGUGGAGGGAAGAGCUGGAGACGACAUGCGACGACGCCGGGGCUGGAAGCAGAUGUCAAGGCGUCCGAACCGCCUUCCGCACUCCGUUGGGUCGCUCGACGUCGGAGUAGAAGUCGUCAAAGAAGACGAUGCCGGAGAAAGUGGAGACAACGGAAGCUCCGAUCGUGAGGUUGGUGGUGACCCCGGUGGUGACCGACGAGGAGGAGAAGCCGCCGAGGGAGGAGAGGAUGGAGGGCGGCGGGUUUCGUUCUUCUGCAACCCUAGGCCGCCGAAGUUUGGAGUGGGCUGGGCUCUCGAUGGGCCGACAUGGUGGGUUGUACUUGUCGGUGUGCCAAGAUGGUUAGGUUGCAAGUCAUGACAGACCAAAGCUUUGGUUGGAAAACAUCGUGCUCAUUUCGUAUAGGUCCGAGGAAGCACUUGAAGACGGGCCGGGUCGCCAGGAUAUGUUCUCUGAAUCAGAGAGUGGGCCGAUGCGAGUUGGGCCAUGGGUUGCUGGCUGGGUGCACAAAAAAGAAUAGGGCAGCUGGUUUCAAAUGAAAUAUGGGCCGAAUU